AUUACUUGCCUAUUAGGCCUGGAUAAUUAAUCUGUACUUCUGCAUGUACUUGCAUAGAAAAUUAGGAACACAUUUGCCUAUAAAAUGGUGCAUUAAAUUGUCACAAUUCCCAUCAUCAAACAUUCUCCCUCUCUCUGUAUAUAAAUCUCUCCUGUCCCAGAUUAUUGUUUUUCAGCCUUAAGAUGGCCAGGACUGCAAUGGUUUAUUAUCUUCUACUAACCUUUUCCAUCAUGUUUCUAAUGAAUUCAUCGUCGGCAUCAAGACUUUCGAUCAAUGUGAAAAGGUUGGGAGCCAAAGCUGAUGGCAAGACGGAUGUUUCCAAGGUUCUCCUGAGGGCAUGGAAUUCAGCUUGUGCCUCUAGAAAGGAAGUCCGAAUUUACGUGCCCCAGGGAAGAUACUUGAUUCGGAGUCCUAUAGUAUUCAAUGGACGAAGAUGUAAACGUAGCAUGUUCAUGCGUAUUGAGGGUACUAUUGUAGCUUCCAGGGAUUACAAUCUGAUCGGCAGUGGCGAAACCUGGAUCAAGUUUGAGAGGAUUAAUGGACUCUUCAUUUCCGGGGGAACUGUGGAUGCUAAAGGUGCUGCUCUGUGGGAUUGUAAAAAAUCUGGCAAGAACUGUCCUAUAGGCGCAACGAGCAUAGGGUUCUACAGCUCCACCAACGUUGUGGUGAGUAGAUUGACAUCAAUAAACAGUCAGAUGUUCCACAUGAUCGUGUAUAAAUGCAAAAAUCUCGUUUUUCGGGGAAUCAAAAUCUCUGCACUCGGUAGAAGCCCCAACACCGACGGUAUUCACAUCCAAUACUCCUCAGGGGUGAGCAUUCUUCGCUCUCGAAUUAGCACCGGGGAUGACUGUGUCUCCAUUGGACCUGGCACAAAUAACACAUGGAUAGAGAAUGUUUCAUGCGGUCCUGGUCACGGCAUCAGCAUUGGAAGCCUCGGCUGGGAUUUGCAAGAACCUGGUGUCCAAAACCUGACAGUGAAAUCCGUUACAUUCCGAAACACUGACAACGGUGUCAGAAUAAAAACAUGGGCGAGGCCUAGCAAAGGAUUUGUCAGAAAUGUUCUGUUUCAGCACAUUUUUAUGAAUAAUGUCGCGAAUCCUAUCAUCAUAGACCAAAACUACUGUCCCGACGUCAAGAAUUGCCCGGGAAAAGUCUCUGGUGUUCAGAUCAGCAAUGUAAGGUAUGAAGACAUCCGGGGAUCAUCAGCAACACCUGUUGCAGUGCAGUUCGAAUGUAGUAAGAAAUAUCCUUGCACUGGAAUAAGACUAAAAGAUGUUGCACUCACUUACAAAAAUCGAGCAGCAAAUGCGUCUUGUGCCUAUGCCAGAGGAACUGCUUCUGGUGUCAUGAAGCCUCCAAGUUGUUUGUACAGAUAAAUGAACUGCAAAACACUAGUGAAUAUCAAUGUAUGUCAGUUGAUUUGGACAUGCAUGU